GAACCCACCCACCCAACCCCCACAACAUUCUAUUAUUCUUUACUUUCUCCUUCAGCUUUCCAUAUCUUCAAACCCUAAGUGAAAAGAAAUUAGGAACAAAUUGCAGAAGAACAGAGAAAAGUUCAGUCGCAGUUGAAACAAUAUGUUUUUACUCCACUAGCCUACUUCCUUCCUUCCUUUCAACCCCACACACACUCCUUCUCAACCUCUCACUUCAUCAGCCAUGGCGGCGUUUCAUCUCUCUAACUCUUUCCCCUCACCCACCAUUUCCAUCUUCUUGUUCUUCUUCCUUUUAUUCAAAUCCAUCGAUUCUCUUUCGUCUCCUUCAUUUUCCCUUUCUGGGUUUCGUGGAGAUCCACAGUUUGAACUCAAUGUCGCUCUGUACGGUGAUGCGGCGGUUGUCGGCGACGGCAGUGCUCUCAGCCUCAGCGGUCCGGUCAGUUCCAGUGCUGGGCGAAUCGUGUACAAGAAACCCAUCAGGCUUGUUCGAGGUAAAUCGAGGAGAUUCAUGUCUUUCUCGACUGAUUUCUUAUUUUCUUUGUCGCCAAACACAAGGGGGGAGGGUGGAUUGGGUUUUGUUAUUGUUCCAAGUAGUUUUAACGUUAGUGCCUUUGGUAACGGACCAUUUGGGCUUCAUUUUGGAUCGGAGAAGAAACAGAAGAUGAACAUGAUCGUUGUUAAAUUUGGGACUUCUUAUGAUUCUGAGAAUGGCGAUCUGAUUAGAACGGUGGUAGGAAUUGAUAUGGGUUACAAGAGUAAUGUUUCAAUAGCUGGUUCAGGCAUUGUUUCAAACAGUUCAUCUGCAUUAAUUAGGGAGAAGAUUUUACACGCCUGGAUAGAUUACGAGGUGGGUUCUAGGCAAUUAGAAGUAAGAUUAGCAGAAAAUAGCGAGAACAAGAGGCCAUCUGUGCCAUUACUUUCAUUCCCAAUCGAUCUCUCCCAGAUUUGGGGAGAAGAUGAGGAAGUGGUGGUGGGAUUGAGUUCAUCAAAUGGGAACUCAUCAUCCCAGCCAUGUUUAGUCUAUUCUUGGAGCUUCAAGCUCAAGAGCAUUCCGAAUUGGAUGCAUUCAGAGCCGCUCGAUCCAAAGACGAUCGCCAUUGCCAGGGAAUCGGAACCCCAAAUCGUUGUCAAGGAUGGGAAGAAUUGCUUGAUGAGAGUGGUUUCGGGCAUGAUUUUUGGGACUGGAUGUGGGGCAUUGACAGCCUUCGUUGCAUUGUAUUUAUGGAGCAUCUUUGGGCAUAGGCGAGCAGUGGUGCCUGAGGAGUAUGCGAUGCAGCAGAUGGAUGUGAAGUACGAGAAAGUUGUGGUGUUGGACAAAGGCAUCGAAGAUUAUGGUAAGAAGAAGGUCGAUGUUUGAGUUUGAAAACAAAAGAAUUGUAUUUGUGGAGAGGUUUUUCCUUUUGCUGUGUUGCUGUAAUUUGGCUAUCAAUUGUCUAAAGAUGUAGUUUUUUAGUUACCCAUGUAAUGGAACCACCUCUUUUAACCUGCCCAA